AACAGAAGAAGGUGAGUUAAAGAAGGCGCUUCUAUUCGGUUUUAUAUAUCAAUCUUGACUUUGAAGAGUAUUAAGAUGACUAAAUCCACUCUGGUUUCAUCUCUCGUGGCACUGGUCUGUGUUCUUCUGCCACUAUGUGCUGCUCAAGGCAGCUGCAGGAGCAGAUGUGGCGAGCCGUUUGCUCGUGGUCAGAUCUGUAACUGCGACUACAACUGCUUUGUCCACGGCGAGUGCUGUAAGGACUUUGAGGAAGUUUGCACUACCGGUGACUCGUGCAGGGGUCGGUGUGGAGAGACUUUUCUUCGUGGAAAAGAGUGUAACUGUGAUUCAGACUGUGUUCUUUACAACACCUGCUGCUCUGACUACCACGCACAGUGUGACGCUUUCUUCAACUUACAAGCUUCAAGAAGCUCAAAGUUAAACAAACCAACCGACUAUACUGAACAAUGUAUGGCUGCAUGUCUUGCAUCUCAAAACCCAGAUCUCGUGAGAGAUGGGGCCGGUGCUCUGGACAGGCUGAAUUUGAUGGCUCCAUCAGAGGGCCCGGCACUCAUCGGUGGAGCUCCAGUUGCACAGGACCCCAACAUCUAUGCCCCCAUGACCCCCUCCGACCUGCCAGUCAUCCCCUUCAGCCCUUCUGGAUUUCCUCUCCCAGAACCUGGUUCUGGUCCAGCUCCUGGACCAGGACUGGCAGGAGGACCUUCUUCUGGGCAACCCUUACCUAUCCCUGUCCAGGUCUCUUUCUCUGUCAUUGGACAAGGUGAGGGGCCAUCCAGUGGUCCUGCCCCUGGUUCAGGUAUACCCAUCACUCUUGAAGACAUCGCCCAGGCCAUCGGAGCAAGCCCCCCUUCAGGAUUAGAUGCAAAUUCCAACCCUGAUAUCUGCAGCAGUCUUCCUGUUGAUGGACUGGCAACUCUCUUCAAUGGCACUAUCAUUGUUUUCAAAGGUCACCACUUUUGGCUGCUGAAUCCCAAGACAAGAAGCGCUGGUCCAGCUCGUAGCAUCACUAAAGAGCUCGGUGUCCCGUCCCCCAUCGACACUGCCUUCACACGCUGCAACUGCCAGGGAAAAACUUACAUCAUUAAGGGCGGUGAAUACUGGGUUUUCGAGAAUGGUGUGAUGGAUCCUGAAUCUCCCAAAUCAGUGUUUAAGGGCUUUGGUGGGCUCACUGGAGAGAUCACUGCUGCGCUGUCCAUCCCAGCCACUCGAAAGAGGCCUGAGAUUGUGUACUUCUUCAAGAAAGGAGGAACGGCUCAGAAAUUUGCUUAUCCUCCUGGAAGUGGACCUACCUGCUCUUCAAGGAGUAGAAAAAACUCAAUCUACGGCAAGCUCCGACGUGUCAGACAAGCAGAAAUCCAGUUGUCAGGAGAGAUCAAUAUUAACCUCAGCUGGAAGGGUUUCCCCACCCCUGUGACUUCAGCCAUGUCCAUACCCAACUCCAGAAAGCCAGAUGGUUUCGAUUACCUUGUUUUCUCUGGGCCUAAAAUCUUCAACAUCAGGAUCAGUGGUGAUCUGCCAACUUUGGCAGCUCCCGCCGGCAGUUCCUCCCAGCAGAACGAGAUCAGAAGCUUUCUCAGAUGUCCCUGAAACAUUUACACUAACCACACAACAGCACCAGCUACACAACAAGAGAGAUUUAUCAAUUUAUUUGCAAAACUAUUGAACAUAGCGUCAGGACGAUAACUCACAAAAUACAAAAACAUUUGACUGCUUUAAAGCUUCAUACAUGAAAUAAAAACAAGUAAAAGAACAUUAGGCUGAUUCUGGCUGCUCUGUAGAGCUCUUUAUGGAUCUGUGAUAAGUGUUUCUGCUGGGCAGACACUGUAAAGUCAAGUGGAUUUAGAUGGGAGUGCCCCUAUUGAAUCCUCGACCCCGACUUCCACGGGGUAAACCAACACCUGCAAGAUAAGAUUGAGAAACUUGCAUUAGAGGGGUGUCAAUAGGUCAGAUAACUGUCAAAAUGUACACUUUAAAUGAACAAUACAUCUUUUUAAAGCAAGCUUCUACCAAAUAUACAAAUGAUUGAUUGUUCAUUGAGUAAUAUCCUGACACAAAGAAAAGCUUGCGUGUAUGUAUUCCAAAUAUCCUUUGCUUCAUUAAAAACAUGUUUUAUGUUA